ACUAGUAUCUGUUUCAACAGCUGUAAAUUUUCUUUUUGCAUCUAUUUAAAUAUAAUUUAAUGAAUAAUAUUUUGCCUAUUGUAGAUGUUCAGUACUCUGACAACAUGAAGUACUUUUCUGGUUUACUUAUUUUCAUUGCUGCUGGAUUAGCAUCUUGUGACCAUUUAUGUUAUCUUGGUCAAGUUAACAAAUGCAGGUUGAAACUGAAUUAUGGCACUGACUGGUGCCAUAGUCAACUUGAACUGUCAAAGUGUCAGAAAGAUGCAGCGAUCAGAUGUCGGACAGGAUUCGCUGAGGCGGUUGGAAACGUGCAAUUGCAAUUGUGGAGAAUAUGUGAAGAAAAUUCAUUUAUACAAAAAGACCCAACUUUAUCUUGUGGACUAAAGAUGUUUUCUGAUCCAGACACUACAUGUUUUGAAGAUUACAAUAAAGAUUUUUAUAGACCUAACAGAAAUCCUUGGAACCCAGUUGAUAAUGAAAAAGUUUUAUGCAAACAUUUUAAGACAAUGAUGGAAUGUUAUUUUAAAAGCAUCAAAAAGACCUGCAGCUUGAAGGAGUAUAUGUUUUUUCAGAGUGUUAUGAAACCUAUUACAAAGUUGCAAAGAAAAGUUUGUGAUUUCAUUCCUAAGUUAUAACAUUAGAAUACUGAGGUGAACAUUUUGUUCUAAAACAUAUAUCUUUAAUUUUUGUAAAAUAAACAGAAUAUUACU